AUGGCAUCCAAUCAUUCAUCCCUCAACCAAACCAAAUUGUUCCAUCCAAACAAUGACCUUGAGCCACAAGCAACUCUAGAUAUUGAAACCAAGGACUUUGAUUACUCAAAAAGAUCCCAAUGGCUACGUGCUGCUGUCUUAGGAGCCAAUGAUGGGUUAGUCUCUACAGCAUCUCUAAUGAUGGGUGUAGGAGCAGUGAAGCAAGACAUCAAGGCCAUGAUCUUAGCAGGGUUUGCAGGGUUGGUGGCAGGUGCUUGUAGCAUGGCCAUAGGGGAGUUUGUGUCUGUGUACUCACAGUUGGACAUAGAAGUUGCUCAGUUGAAAAGAGACAAUGAAAGGGGCAAUGGCUCAUCAAGUGGAGAAGAGGAAGAAAAUAAAGAGAAAGAGGGUUUACCAAACCCUUUACAAGCAGCAACAGCUUCAGCUUUAGCAUUUUCAGUUGGUGCAAUGGUUCCACUUCUUGGAGCCUCUUUCAUAAGGGACUAUAAGGUGAGGAUAGGAGUGAUUUUGGGAGCAGUGACCUUUGCUUUGGUAGUCUUUGGUUGGUUGGGAGCAGUGCUUGGUAAGGCUCCAACUUUGAGGUCUUGUGUGAGGGUCUUGUUUGGGGGUUGGCUAGCUAUGGCCAUAACUUUUGGUCUAACCAAGUUGAUUGGGUCAAGCGGGCUUUAGUUCCAUUUAUGAAGUGAGUUUUGCUAAUAGGAUAUCAUAUUAAUUAAGGGAACUGUAUGUGCUUUAUCUAAUUACUUCUAUGGAUUCCCCUCAUUUUUGCUUUUUACAAUAAUGAUUAGAUGAGACUUGAAUUGAAGAAAGUUGGCUUGGUAAUAUAUAUGCACUAGAGGUAGUAAGGUCUAUCAAAACAAUUUUAUGUACGUGUAAUUUGUAUAUAGGUGUUAUUAAUCUCAUGUUAAA